AUGAGCGAGAACAAGGGGUUCGUUGAGAACGUUAAGGAAAGCGCCGCCAACGCCGCCGAGUACGUAAAGGAGAGUGCCCAGAGUGCUGGCGACACCAUUGCCAACGCUGCUCGUGGAACCUACGAUUCAGUAGCCAGCGGCGCCCAAUCCGUCAAGGAAACUGUUGUUGGCAAGAGCGAGGAGGCCAAGGAAACCGCCAAGGACUCGUACGACAACGCUGCCGGCAAGGCUCAGGAUUUCAAGGUGGGUUUUGAGGGAUUCUGGGGCUGUGUUCAAUCAAAUGGGGUUGGAUAUAGUGAUUUUCGGCUGGUUUUUAGAAUUUUAGGGCUAAAUAUUGAUGUUUUUGAGGAGUUCCUUUUGAACCGGUUUAAAUUAAAGGCAUAGGAUAGUGAAAAAUGAAGAUACGAGGUUUUUGUUACUUAAAUUCCUCAUUCAUAGCUUUAAACACAGCCGAAAGUUUAUAUUUUUGACCAAUAUAGGCAUUUGCUCUCAUGGAUAAUAUCGAAAUUUCUUAAAAAUUGUCUUUUUUCCAUUGAAUAACUAAAAGUUAAAACAAAAUAUCAAAGCAUUACCUAGUCUUAUCAAAUAACUUCAUUUUCUUGCAGGAAAGAGCCUCCGACAAGGCCCAAGGCGCUCGCGACGCGGCCAACGAGAAGGGAUCUGACUUUUCGCAGAAGGCCGGCGAAUACCGCGACAAGGCCAGUGACAAAGCUAGCGAGUUCCGUCAACAAGGCAGCGAGAAGUACGAUCAGGCCUGCGAUAAGGCACAUGAACUCAAGGAAAAAGCCGGUAAGGAAUUGGUUUUUCAUUAGGUUUUAGGAUUGAGGUAGUUUAGCUUUUUAGUUGUGGCUGGUCAAGUGGUCAAGGAUAAUUUUAUGACUUUGGUUGUAGAUGUGAAAUUUAAAGGGCUUUCGAAUGUGAUACGUUUCAUUAGGAUUUUGAAAACAAAAUUUAUGUUUAUUAAUGAAAAAUGUGAGCACUCGAUUUUUGGUGCCUAUGAUAAUAUAAUUUUAAUGUUUUUUAGAGUUUUAUUCAACGUUUUUUAGCAAAAUUUAAGGUUUUUAAAAUAGAUAAGACCCUAAUCUUUGUUUCAAAUACAAAAAUAUAUUAUUUUGACUUUGAAAAGUUACAUUCUCAUCAAUUUUUGUAAGCCCUAUACUUAUAUUACUCUUGCUUUCAGGUGAGAAGUUGCACUCCGCUGGCGAAAGCAUGAAACCCAACUAA